AUGAAUUUAAAUGCAUAUGAACAACUAAUAGGGGUGCUUCAGAAACACAAAUGGGAGAACUGUAUGACAAUAGACAAGGCUAGCUGGGGAUAUAGGAGGAACUCUGGACUCGCAGAUUAUCUCUCCACUCAUGAACUUAUCACAGAACUUGUAGAAACAGUCAGUUGCGGUGGUAAUCUGUUGAUGAAUGUGGCGCCCACCUAUGACGGACGCAUCAUGCCAAUCUAUGAGGAACGUCUGAGAGACAUGGGGAAGUGGCUCGUUGUCAAUGGUGAAGCCAUAUUUAAAACCAAGCCAUGGAUUCAUCAGAACGACACCGUCACAAAGGACAUCUGGUAUACCAUGCGCAAGACACAAAGUGGAACCAGUGUAUACGCUAUCACCCUACAGUGGCCCAUGGGCAACACACUAGAACUAGGUGGCGUAACACCUACAGAUCAACUAAACGUGUCACUAUUGGGACUCCAUCUCGCUCUAAACUGGCACGCAAGCUCCAAGGGUGGUAUAUUCAUAGAGAUCCCUCCUAUUACUGUCAAUGAGAUGCCAUGUGAAUGGGCUUGGGUGUUCCGUCUAGAUGGACUAAAAUGAGCAAACACAUGUGAUGCAAAUGUUGUGUGUUAUGGUGCUUCUAUAUAUAUUCCCAAUGUAUCGUCAUAUUUCCCGAUCCGAUGAUACUCAUCUGAUCACGUGUUUCUGUUUUCGAACUAUCAAUAAAUUAUACUCAUAGAACGUCUUUUUAUAUUGAGGUGCAUCUCGAAAGACAUUGCACACAUGUCUAGCAACGUGAAAAUUGUACAAUAAUUAGAAAUUAGACUUUGCAAUAUCAAAAUAACCAUAGUGCUUUCCUAAACCGCAGGUAAUUAUCUCCAUCAUCUUGAUUUAUUAACAAGUUUUCGGUUGCUGUGUCAUAACCACCUAGGACUUUUAGUACUUUCUCUCGAGCACCAGCCUUAAUAUUGUUAAAAUGAAUUUAUAGUGAAAUUUCAAAAUGUACAUUAUUUAAAGACACGGGAUAUAAGAGGUAUUAAUAUGUAACAU